CCAUGGAUCCUCAUCCUCAUCAGACCAGUCAUUACUGGUUAUCAAUUCGAGGGCAUCCCAUGGAUCCUCAUCCUCAUCAGACCAGUCAUCACUGGUUAUCAAUUCGAGGGCAUCCCAUGGAUCAUCAUCCUCAUCGGUGAUGGCGGCCACCGACUCGGCGGAUGCCCAUGGAUCAUCAUCCUCAUCAGACCAGUCAUUACUGGUUAUCAAUUCGAGGGCAUCCCAUGGAUCAUCACCCUCAUCAGGCGAGUCAUCACGGGUCAUUGCUUCAAAGGCUGGCCAUGGAUCAUCACCCUCAUCAGACGAGUCAUCACGGGUCAUUGCUUCAAAGGCUGGCCAUGGAUCAUCACCCUCAUCAGACGAGUCAUCACGGGUCGUCACUUCAAGGAGUGCCAAUGGAACAUCACCCUCAUCAGACGAGUCAUCACGGGUCGUCACUUCAAGGAGUGCCAAUGGAACAUCACCCUCAUCAGGCGAGUCAUCACGGGUCAUUGCUUCAAAGGCUGGCCAUGGAUCAUCACCCUCAUCAGACGAGUCAUCACGGGUCGUCACUUCAAGGAGUGCCAAUGGAACAUCACCCUCAUCAGGCGAGUCAUCACGGGUCAUUGCUUCAAAGGCUGGCCAUGGAUCAUCACCCUCAUCAGACGAGUCAUCACGGGUCGUCACUUCAAGGAGUGCCAAUGGAACAUCACCCUCAUCAGGCGAGUCAUCACGGGUCAUUGCUUCAAAGGCUGGCCAUGGAUCAUCAGCUUCAUCAGACGAGUCAUCACGGGUCGUCACUUCAAAGAGUGCCCAUGAAUCAUCAGCCUCAUCGGUGAUGGCGGUCACCAAUUCGGCGGGUGCCCAUGGAUCAUCAGCCUCCACGGACCAGUCAUCACGGGUCAUUGCUUCAAAGGCUGCCCAUGAAUCAUCAGCCUCAUCGGUGAUGGCGGUCACCAAUUCGGCGGGUGCCCAUGGAUCAUCAGCCUCCACGGACCAGUCAUCACGGGUCAUUGCUUCAAAGGCUGCCCAUGAAUCAUCAGCCUCAUCGGUGAUGGCGGUCACCAAUUCGGCGGGUGCCCAUGGAUCAUCAGCCUCCACGGACCAGUCAUCACGGGUCAUUGCUUCAAAGGCUGCCCAUGAAUCAUCAGCCUCAUCGGUGAUGGCGGUCACCAAGUCUGGGGCUGCCCAUGAAUCAUCAGCCUCCACGGACCAGUCAUCACGGGUCAUUGCUUCAAAGGCUGCCCAUGAAUCAUCAGCCUCGACCAUAGCAGCUGAGGUCACCAAGUCUGGGGCUGCCCAUGAAUCAUCAGCCUCCACGGACCAGUCAUCACGGGUCAUUGCUUCAAAGGCUGCCCAUGAAUCAUCAGCCUCGACCAUAGCAACAGAGGUCACCAAGUCUGGGGCUGCCCGUGAAUCAUCAGCCUCCACGGACCAGUCAUCAUGGGUCGUCACUUCAAAGGCUGCCCAUGCAUCAGCCUCAUCGGUCCUGGCCACCCCGUCAGUGGCCGCACGCGGUGCAGGGGUCACCGUCCGGACGGGCUCGCCACACCGCCUCCCGUUGCACCGGAGGCUGGUGAAGGCGGGCCCGUCGUCACAGAAGAGCGAGAAGUGUAGGCCGCUGAUGUUGUCCAGCAGCCAGGCCAGCGGCAUGGAAGAGGUGAAGACUUGCUUCCUAAGCGAGGCGAAUUGCACCCUGACGGCCGCGUUGCCGUCUUUCUUGCACAGCUUCGCCAAGGGCACACGCAGCUCACCCUCGGCGUGGCAGCCUUGAAUCCCAGCGACGCAAGACCAGCCUUCCACGGGGAGCUUGACGGAGGCGACCGUACGCCUCCUCUUCAGGCAGCAGGUGGAGUCCUUGCACGAGAGCUUGAUGGAGUCCACCAGGGAGGAGCCUCGCUCCAGGGUUACCCACACGUUAAAUUUCUGUCGAGAUGCAGAGUUUCCCAUCGUUGUUUCGAUGUGAUAUAAAAAAUUUAUCCGAAUAUUGAGGAAAUCGUGUUCGGUAAUAAAAGGAGGUGCUAUGUCCAUGAAGACCGACUGGCCUCCAGCCAAUUCUUUCUGCUAUAAUCUUGCCUAGUCGGCUAAGUAGUGCAGUUCACGCGUCGGAUGGCGGGUGACAGGGCUGUUGCUAAACUAUAAAGGAAUAGAUAAAAUAUUCUUAAUUCUUUUGAAUGGCAACUAUUCGCAAAUAAAUCUUGAUAAGUAAGAAAAAAUAACCUUGCUUAACUUUUAUUUCAUGCAUAAUGCGUGGAUAACAUGCCUUGGGUUCUUCAUACAUUAGUUAUUUCCCAGAGUGUCGCGUAGGUACUCUUUCCCUCCAUAUCUGUUCCCUUUAUCCCGUGUCCGUCCAUUGCGAUUUCUUAAUUUUAGUUGCCUUUCUGCCUACUACACCCCUGGAUUGUU